AUGCAGAUGGUUCUCGAACAAUUAGCUGUCCUCAAUGCUAAGUUUGAAGAUUCCAAGAAUUUGACACCAACACAAAAGGAGCUCGCUAGGCUAGAGAAUACUCGUCCUAAUCCCCCACCUGAACCUAGGGAACUAGCUGCCCGUCCUAGACCACGCCGAGACCACAGUCCCGAGACCCUUAGCGGUGACGAGAGUGACGUAGGACCCCCUAGGAGGUUGCGCGAGAGAGUAGUAGAACCUGUGGUAGACCGAGACCGCAACCAUAGGAACCGAGCCCCUAGGCACCGCAAGCGCCAACCCAAUGAAGGGUCGGAUUACGACGAACCCCGUAGAGCUUAUAGAUCUCGAGAUAGGAUAGAUGACGAGGGAUCCGAAUACGAUGAACCACCUAGGAGACGAGCCCAACCAAGACCGAGAGUUCGGGCCGAUCAUAGACGAGAGGCACCCGAUGACUUAGACGAUCCCUACAUAGAUUAG